UCCAUCAGUGAGUCAGGUAUGAUCAGUUUUAAAUGUUCAUUUUAAAUACAUUAAAUGAUCAAAAGUAUAAAUGUUUUGUUCAUUUUGUUUGCAGAUUGUGAAUGGAUACAUAAAUGAUAAAUUCACCAACAACAGACCACCAAGUGAACAUUUCAUUACUAACUUUUUAGCAGUGGCUGUGAACUGCUUGAUGAAAUGUGUAUCAAACAAUCAAUGCCAUUUCAAAUUUCUUUAUUCUAUGAUGGACAAAGAAAACAUAAAAAAUUUGAACUGGUGUCAGUUUGUAUAUGACUCACUUAUCAAAUGUCAUGUUGAUUGGAGAAAGCAGCAAGGCAAGGGGUUCUACAAAGGCCCUCUUCAAUUUCUGAUGUUGUUCUAUUUUGAUAGAGUUCAGAGGUUAGACAAAAGGCCUCCAAGAACAAUUCCUAUCAUAUCUGCAUGGAAUAGAGACAUGGUUCUUGAGAGGUUGAAGAUUGAAUUAGAAUUGGGAUUUGGGAGAGGGAAAAUUCUACCAAGGAUUGCUGCAGAAGUUGAAGAAAGUCCUAAAGUUAUAAAAUGAUCACUUUUGUUAACAUAAAUGUUCAUUUGUAUAAUCUGAAAUGUUCAACUGCAUAAUUUUUAAUAUUCAUUCAUAUAGGUUUUUAUGGAUGAUUUUGUUUCCCUGGUAAAAAACAACUUGUUCAAACCUGUCAAAGCUUUCUUCAAAAUUGGUGAAGGCAAAGGAUAUCUUCCCUGGAAAUGACUUGGUGAAAAAAGUUGAUGAAGUUUUAGGAAAGGUGGUAGCUAGGGAACCAUCAAUUCUAAGCCAAGAUGAAGAAUUCUUUGGCAGUGAGGAUUUCCUAAAUGCACUUGCACAAGCUGAGAAGAAUCUGAUGCAAGGGUCUGAAAAGCAAACAACUGAGAAGCAAAUGACUGGGAAGAAAUUAACCAAAAAGGGAAAGGAAAAAGAACAAGAAUAUGACAUCAGAAAAGCUUUCAGCUUGGGGUUGACUCCACCUUCUCCAGCCAUUGAAACAGGGCCCACCUUUUCAACACUUGGUGAUAUAAUUGAACAACCAAUAAUUUCAACAAAUGCUGGAGAAAAGGAUGUGGGUAAAACUUCAGCAGCUUCAGAACAAAGAAUUGAAGAAUUUUCUAGAACUGCAACUGGUUCAAAACUUGAUGCUGACACUAGGUCAGAUAAUGAAGGAUUGCCUAGAACAGAUGCAGGAUCUGGUUCAGUGGUUGAUGCUGACCCUAGGUCAGAUGGUGGUGAAAAAAGUGAUGAUCCAAAAAACACAGUUGGAGGUGGAAAACAAAACAAGGAAGAUGUUUUUGAAAAAAACAAAAAAUGAUGAAAAAGUGGAGGGGUAAAAUCCUGAAGACAUGUCUUACUAUUAGGGUUAUGUAAUGGUGUAGGAUAAAAUAUCUAGAUGGAACAAUUUAACUUAUGUUACUAUCGUGUUGUAACUUGAAACUGGUGUUUCUCAAACUAUUGUAUGUGUGAACAUUAUUUUGUUGAAUAUGUAAUAUGAAUGUGUGGUUUAUGUUAAAUCAAUAGGUUUAUGUUAAA